GACACAGGAUUUCAACUUGUUGGGCUACUAGGGUCUCUGCUUAACAUCAUGGGCCUGAUAUGACGGCCCAUAUCUGGUUAAAAAACUAAACCCUCCUUCUCAGACCAAGUAUGUUGUUUCUUUCGCUGUCAAGGAAGAACAUACUUGGGUUCAAAAUGAACUUGUUGAGACAGUGCAGAAUCUUGCCCAGAAGAAGAAGCCAUGCGCGUCCUCUUUUUCGAAAUCUCUCUGUAUUUAUUGCUUAUGAGCAGAAUGAUGUUACACUAGAACGAUAUGACAAUGAGUUUUGGAAUCGUAACGUGGUUCAAGCUUCGGACUUUAUCGAAAUUCUGCAGCUUUGUGCUAGUAAUAGAGACGUUCUUGAAGCCAAAGCUUGCCACGGGAAGAUUAUCCGUCUUGAGAUGCAUGAAGAUGUCAUUACUCUGUCGAAUGUUCUUAUCAACUCUUAUUCCAAAUGUGGCUUUGCUGAGCUUGCACGCAAAGUGUUCGAUGGAAUGCGUGAGAGAAGCUUGGUUUCUUGGAACACCAUGAUUGGUUUGUAUACACGGAACAAAAUGGAGUUAGAAGCAUUGAAUAUGUUCUCGGAGAUGCGGAAAGAAGGAGUUGAGUUUAGCGAAUUCACGAUCUCGAGCGUUCUUUCCGCUUGUAGUGGAGUGAACUGCGGUGCCUUGGAAUGCAAGCAACUGCACUGUUUGUCACUCAAAGCGUGUCUCGACACGCACGUGUACGUUGGAACUGCUUUGCUUGAUCUCUACGCAAAGUGCGGGAUGAUGAAGGACUCAGUGCAGGUUUUCGAGUUUAUGCAGGAGAAAAGCUCAGUAACAUGGAGUUCAAUGGUAGCAGGUUAUGUACAGAACAAACGUUACGAAGAGGCUUUGCUUCUCUACCGUCGAGGUCAGAGGAUGAGCCUAGAGAAGAAUCAGUUCACGUUAUCUUCGGUCAUCUGCGCUUGCUCGAAUCUGGCUGCUUUAAUAGAAGGGAAACAGAUGCAUGCUGUUAUACAUAAGACCGGGUAUGCUUCUAAUGUCUUUGUGGCAUCCUCUGUUGUUGAUAUGUAUGCUAAAUGCGGAGGCUUGAGAGAGUCUUACAUCAUCUUCUCAGAAGUGGGAGAGAAGAAUAUUGAGCUUUGGAACACGAUUAUCUCCGGGUUUGCGAAGCACGCUCGUCCAAAGGAAGUGAUGAUCUUGUUUGAGAAGAUGCAGCAAGGUGGAAUGCAACCAAACGAGGUUACUUUUAGCUCCUUGUUAUCUGUUUGUGCUCAUACGGGUUUGGUGGAGGAAGGAAGGAGGUUUUUCAGAUUCAUGAGAAGCAAGUACGGUGUAUCUCCGAAUGUGGUUCAUUACUCUUGUAUGGUUGAUGUUCUUGGUCGUGCUGGACUGUUGUCUGAAGCGUAUGAGUUGAUAAAGUCUAUUCCUUUUGAUCCUACUGCUUCCAUAUGGGGCUCUCUUCUUGCUUCUUGUCGCGUCUACAAGAAUCUCGAGCUGGCGGAGGUUGCAGCUGAGAAACUGUUCAGUUUAGAGCCAGAGAAUGCGGGUAAUCACGUCUUGCUAUCCAACAUAUACGCAGCAAACAAUCACUGGGAGGACAUUGUUAAAUCAAGAAAGCUUCUCAGAGACAGCGAAGUGAAGAAAGUGAGAGGGAAAAGUUGGAUUGAGAUCAAGGACAAGGUCCACGUUUUCAGCGUUGGAGAGAGCGGUCAUCCGAGAAUCCGCGAGAUCUGUUUGAAGCUAGACAGUCUGGUGAUCGAAUUGAGGAAGUUUGGAUAUAAACCAAGAGUAGAACAUGAGCUGCACGACGUGGAGGAGAGGAAGAAAGAGGAGCUUCUGAUGCAGCACAGCGAGAAGCUAGCUUUGGUUUUUGGCAUAAUGUGUUUGCCAGAGGGCUCUAGUGUUAGGAUCAUGAAGAACCUGAGGAUCUGUGUGGACUGUCAUGAGUUCAUGAAGGCUGCAUCGAUGGCUACAGGAAGAUUAAUCAUUGUUAGAGAUGUUAAUAGGUUUCACCAUUUCAGUGAUGGUCAAUGUUCUUGUGGAGAAUUUUGGUGACUAAUAUAACCAAACACACGUUUAACA